AUGAAGCAUCGAGCAAGCGAAAAACUUUGCUCUUUUGUACAAAUUGCUCUUGUCAGUAUGUUUAUAUUGAAUAUUCCGACUGCCCAAUUGCAAGCAAGUGACGUUGACUCAGGAAGUGGACCUUCUGGAGAGUUGGGCUGUGAGGUUUCUGAAGGAGACAAAGCGUUCGGAAUUCAGGUGAUCUUCGAUGUUGCGUGUGCUGGGGGUGGUCUGGGUUGUUACAGUGACCACUGUCGAUACUGCAAAGUUGUUGACACGUUCAAGUCGACACAUUUAGAAAGCUGCGGAUCUUUUGGAGCAUCAUUUCCUAUAAUGGCACCAUUGACACCAUCCAAAGGUGCAUGUCUCGUGUCUAGUGGCGACGCUGCGGUUGGAGUUGGAGGAAUGACAGAUCUUUCCUGUCUGUAUGGUGGCAUUGGAUGUUUUAAUGAUCAUUGUCGGUUUUGUCAAAGUGAAUUUAGCCCUCAAUCUUCUUUGUUCUUGUUGUGCUCCUGGGUCAAAAAUACAAACACCGGCUCGGAUAUUUUAAACGAUUUUGCUGGAGAUUACGACGCAGACAAACUAACAAAAGAAAAUUCGGCUGUGGCGGGUGGUUAUAUGUGCACUUUGACGCCAUCGUACGGCAACAUUGCGGUCGGCAUUGAUAUCACAUCCGAUGCAUCUUGUUCUGGUGGUGGCGUGGGAUGCAUUGAUAACAUCUGUCGUUUCUGUAAAUCUACGGACACGGCCGAGUCUGUCCACUUAAUUCCAUGUCCUUCUGUUACAGUGCUCUGCUCAACAAAGGUUUCGGACGGUGACGCCGCUGUAGGAAUUAGUAUUGCUACUGAUGCAUCUUGUGCACAGGGAGGCGUGGGGUGCAUUGAUAGCAAGUGCCGUUUCUGUCGAAAAAAUAUCUCAACACAAUCGGCCGCAUAUGUCGACUGCGCAUUAAUUGGCAAUACUACUGCACAGACACCAGUGACUACAUUAGCAUCUUUGGCACCUUCUCUUUCGCCAGCACUGACACCAUCAUCAACAGCAAUACAAUCGUGUAGCCUUACAGUCUCGGAAGGUGAUGCUGCCGUCGGCAUAAAUGUCGUUACGGACACUGGCUGCAUUUGGGGUGGCUUGGGUUGUAUUGACCAGUCUUGCCGUUUCUGUCGAGUCACCACUUCAAUCCAAUCUGAGCCAUUCGUCGACUGUGCCUCAAUCGUCCGCACAAUGACAGCGCCAGUUUCGGGCUCUACAAUUUCGAUUCAACCAGCUGUAUUGACUACUUCUCCCUCGACAAAAGCACCGGAAUUAAUCACCCCAGCUCCGACAAAAGCGCCGGUGGCACCGACGAAAGCACCGAUAACAACAAAAGCACCAGAACCGAGAAUUCCAGCUUCUACUAAACCACCCGUGACGGGAACUCCAGCUCUUACUAAGGAACCGACCACAGCACCUCCUACUAAAGCAUCAGACACAGCACGCCCUACCCAAACACCAGCGCUAACCACUUUAACUCCGACGAGUACGCCAACAUCAACAAUCGCAGCUCUGACUAGGGCGCCGACAUCAACUAGCACUAUCUUGCCUCCUGUGUUGCCAACUGCUGACUGUAACAUCACCGCGGCAGCAGGCGAUCUCGCUGUUGGUGUGGAUAUCGUGACCGACAUUUCCUGUGUGUCUGGCGGCCUGGGCUGCAUAAACAGCGUAUGCCGCUUUUGCAGAGUCAAGGCUACUACUCAGUCUGCGGUUUAUGUGGAUUGUGCCAUAAUUACAAGUAUAACUCAUCCUUUAACGCCGGCUUUAACGACACCGACAUUGACACCAACGCCGACAAUUAAAUCGGCCGCCACCCCUAUAAUUGUGUUUUUAUGCUCUCGCGCGGCUUCAGGUGGAGACAAAGACGUCGGACUGGACAUUGUCUCGGAUGUUCGCUGUAGCGAAGGUGGUACUGGAUGCUUGGACGAAGUUUGCCGUUUUUGUAAACGUUUCGACACGGUUCAGUCGCAGACGUACAUAAACUGCUCUUUUAUCCCGUCUUCGGACAUUGGCUCUGAUAUCACCUUUGUGCAAAUUCCCAUUGUAAAUGAUAAGAAGACGUUGGAAUCCGCAGGGAUUAUUUCCAAGGACAAAUCGAUGCAAGUCGAAAUGUCCACGAAUACAAUCGUAACACUCCAAGAAACAGCUGCAGUCGAGACUGAAAUGGAUUACACAUGUGCAAACGUGUCACUGGCUGAUGGGCAAGCGGCAGGAGGGAUUGGCGUCGUUCUCGAUACAAUUAAUUGUCCUAAGGGGCUUGCUACUGGAUGUGUCGGUAGUGAAGGUUGCCGAUACUGCAUGAGGUUUCCAACAAGUGUGUCUGAAAUGUUGGACUACUGCGCGGUUGUAAACAGCUCAGCCGUGGCGUAUGCCUUGUCUGGUCUUUUUCCUUUCUCACAUCAAGACGGUACUGGUCUCUUAGCUGAUACGGGCAAUGCUGAGCCUCGAGUCGAAAGAGUCACGACAUCCAAAGCGAUUGCUAUAAACGAAAACGAACCGCAAAGCAUGUUGACAGAAAUUAGGAAAUGGUUUGCUGUUGCCGGAGCAUGCUUUGGGGUUGUCAUAUUGGUAUCGCUGGUGACAUAUCGCCUUUAUCGAUUAAGCAAUAGACAGUCCGAUCUUGGCGCAUCAUCAACAACAGACAAGAGAAUUAGCUCCGACAAUAACGUGGUAGUCAUGUCGAAUUCUAUUGACCAUCUUGAAAUCAUCGAUGAAUAA